UCAUCUUCUUCUUCUCCUUGUUUUUCCUUCUCCAAAAACACAAACACAGAAGUCACAAAAGGUGCUGCUUUCUGACUUUGAUUGGAGGGACUCCUGGGGGUGGUUUGGCUAAAUCCUACCAGCAACGAAGUAGUGGGGGCAAAUAAACACUCUAAGGAGAGUGAUCUAAUCACGCCUUCAAUCGUUCUUUUCCAUACUGUUUCCCUGACAUCUACUUCACCGACUGCAGCACCCGAUACCAGAUCCGGAACUACACGCAGGCGCUUCUGGCGAACGACGCCACGGGGAGGCUGAUGAAGUAUGACGUCAGCACCGGACAUGUCACCGUCCUGCUCAGGAACCUCGGAUUCCUCACCGACGUCACCCUCAGCGGCGACGGCUCAGUGGUGCUGGUGUCGGAGGCGACUCGGAGCCAGUUGGCCCAAUUGUGGCUGAUGGGGGCCAGGGCCAACACGGCGGAGGUCGUGUUAAGCGACGUCGUGGAGCCAGACAACAUCAGGCGGGAUGCUGGUUCGGGUGAUCUCUUCAUAGCCGCUAGGAGAAGGAGGGUGGGCCUGGGCCAGCUGUCGGCGGCGAGGGACGAUUCGGAUUUGGAGUCCAUCUGUUUGCGGCUGCAAAGGGAACAGAAUGUACGCGAAACGCCGUCGUUUGAAGUGAAUUUGGUUUUGGGGAGCGAGAGGAUCAGCGAGUGCCAGGGGUCGGGGUUGGACGUGUAUGUCACCUCCAUGUCUGCGCGUUACAUUAGGAUUUAUCGUCGCUGAAGUGAAGAGAAAGCCCAAGCCUAAGCCCAAAUGACUCUCACUAUGUUCAAGCCCGUCCUUAUAAUAAAUAAAGGAUAGAAGCAGAUCCAAGUCCUGGCCCAGGCCCCCCCAUUCAGUAUUCUUGUUUUUAGCGUCGUCAAUAAGGUAAUUGGUCGCUAAAUAAAAUGUCCCAGUUUUU